AUGCCUAUAGUUCCUGUUUCGUUGGAUGAUACGACACCUGGCCAACAAGAAAGUUCGCCACAGAAUGCACAUACACAAAGUCAAGACAUAGAAGAGUUGCCUCACCCACAAGCAGUCCACCGUGAUGCACCAUACCCUGAAAGACAUCAUGACUCAACUGGAUCUAAUCUUUCCUCAAUUAAAACCAAUACAGAAAAUGAGGAUGAAAGUUCAGAACUAAAACCAUUUCAGGGCCAUGAUAUAGAAAAAGGAAAUUCAAAAGAAGUCCAUCCAGAGUCAGAUUACGUCUACCCAAGAGAAGGUGAUGAAUUAAGCAGACAUGAAACAAACCCACAGUUAUCAAGAGAGCUCUCACGAAAAGUAACAAACACUACGUCUUUUCUACAACAAGAGUACGAUUAUGACGUGGGACUCACAUUGGGUGAAAACAUUCCAUUGCCGCCAAUGUUCCCAGACAGAACACCAUAUUGUGUAGCAUUUAAUGGGUUAAAUGAUCCUUAUCACCCUCAUAAUUAUCCACUUUGGAAGAAGCUAUUAUACAGUGCAUCAGUAGCCAUGGCAUCUUUGUCAGUUGCGAUAGGAUCAGCCAUGUUUUCUCAAGGAAGUCGUGAUUUGCAAGAAAUUUACCAUAUUGGGACAUCGGUUGCUACUUUGACUACUUCGUUGUUUGUGUUUGGGUUUGCUGCCGGUCCUAUCGUGUAUGGACCUUUGUCAGAGUUAUUCGGAAGAAAGCCAGUGAUGCUAGUUUCGUGUCUUGGGUAUGUCAGUUUUCAAUUUGGAUGUGCUGCUGCAAAAGACUUGCAAACCAUCAUGUUGUGUCGUUUCUUUUCUGGAUUAGUGGGGAGUGCACCUUUAGUGGUUGCACCAGCAGUAAUGGUUGAUUUGUAUAGAGCUAGGAUGAGAGGAAUAGCAAUGUCGGUGUUUGCAAGUGUGUUGUUUGGUGGUCCCAUGAUUGCCCCUGUGUUGGGUGGUUUCAUUGUCAAGAAUCAAAGCUUGGGUUGGAGAUGGACGUCUUACAUGUCUGCUAUCAUUGGUUGUUUGGCUUUGUUUAUGAACACAUUUUUUUUGCAAGAGACUCAUCAUCCUAUCUUGUUGAUGAGAAAAGCCGAGUUGUUGAGAAGAAAAACUGGUAAUUGGGGUAUUUUUGCUCCUCAUGAAGAAGUUUCCUUGAAUUUGAAUGAGAUUGUCAGAAACAACAUCAUGAGACCAUUGAGGUUCUUGUUUACAGAACCAAUCAUUUUCCUUGUCAGUAUUUAUAAUGCCUUCAUUUAUGGUAUGCUUUAUGCAUUCUUGACAGUUGUCCCACUUGUGUUUUCCGGUCGUUACCAUUGGUCUCAAGGUGUAUCCGAAUUGCCAUAUUUGUCUAUGUUGCUUGGUGUAUUUUCCGGUGGAAUUACAAUUGUGUACUUUGAAAUGUUAUUGAAUAAGAAAGUGGAUGCUGGGUUAAAGCCAACCCCUGAAGCUAGAUUACCACCAAUCAUGAUUGGUGGGUUUACUUUUGUUAUUGGUAUCUUUUGGCUAGGGUGGACUGGUGAUUAUGCUGAGCAUGUGCACUGGAUUGUGCCCGUCAUUGGUGCAUUCUUUGUUGGCAAUGGGUUAAUGUUGAUCUUUUUACCCACCAUGAACUAUAUUAUCGAUUGUUAUUUAUAUGUUGCUGCAUCUGCAUUGGCUGCAAAUGCCUUUUUGCGAGCUUCAUCUGGUGCCGCGUUUCCAUUGUUUGAUACACAAAUGUUUAACAACUUGACCAUCAAAUGGGCUGCCACAUUGUUGGGUUGCUUAGGCGCAUUGAUGAUCCCCGUACCAUUUUUGUUUUACAAAUAUGGAGGAUACAUUAGAAGCAAGUCAAAGUUUGCCAUGAAGUAG